AAUUGAAGCUGAUAUAUGAAGCUCUCCGGUUCAUGUGACAGAUGGACUUUGGCACAACUUGCAGGCACAUCCUGGCUCUCGUCUGUCGUGAUUGACGCAGAGUGUUAUCCAUAGGAGACAUUUCAUCAGUGAUAUGGACCAUGGAGCUCCUCCUGGGCACAACCAGUCUCAGACCAGACCAGCUGCAGGAAUGGGCCUAUGGAGAGGAAUGUAUGCCCAACCACUUCCACAUCAAUACCGAAACAACAGUAAUGGAUCUUACCAGCAGUAUCACAUGCAAGGAGGUCAUCAAGCCUGGCCUGAUCAGUGGGUGGACUAUUAUUCGCAGUAUCCUGCUAUGCACAUAGACCACAGACGCCCAGUUUCCAGAGCUGAAAUGUACGAAAGGAGUGAGCAGUAUCGCCCAUUAUCCAGGCAGGAAUAUGAUGAGAGAUAUGGAUUUUAUGAUGCAGUGUACAAGGAAAGCUGUGGCAAUAGGGGUUAUAAUGAUGAGUCCCCAGCUGGUACUCCUGGAGAGAGAGACUGGAGGAGAGGAACUCACAACAAACAGAUAGGACACUGGUCACAGAGUUCCUCCAAUCUCUACUCUCCCAAGAACAGCAGUGGGAGGGUCUGGCCACAAAGCAAUGCACAGAGCUGGUCACUAGGCUUUGGAGACAAUGGUGGUUGGCACCACGAUCAGAGAAGAUGUGGUUCUGCUAUGGACACAUUAGAGCAGUCUUUUGGUAACAGAAAACCUAGUUUACUGUCUGAGUACCGUGACUCUGGCAUGUCAUCUAGUAGUUUCGAGUUGAGUCAAUACAUGCAUGACCCAGCAGAUCUAACUGACCCCUGGAACCCUUUGCAGAAUGAGACAUUGGAACGCACUCCUCAGCCGACAGCUCCGAUGAAGUUUUCCCUGCCACACGUCACUGUCUGUUUUGGGGCACGGGGACAGUUGGUCAGAGUGUGCCCCAAUUUCCCAGAUGAGGGUCAACCCGCUCUCGUGGAGAUACACAGCAUAGAGGUUCUACUUCAUGACACUGUGGAACAGGAGGAGCUGAGGCAGUUUCCUGGUCCAGUACAGAGGGAGGAUUUACAUAAAGUAGAUGUAAUGAGCUAUUGCCAGCAGAAUGUGAGCCAGUGCCUGUGCACACAGGGCCCAAGGAGUCGAGAUGAUGCUUUGCUAUGGCAGGUGUUGCUGCAGAUGUGUCGGCAGAAUGGGCAUAUUGUUGGGACAGAUGUGGCAGAAUUAUUGCUUCAAGACUGUAAGCGGGAAAAAUACCAGAAAGAACAACAGUACAGUGACCUCAUCUAUCCAAGCGAGGAGCCACAUCUCAUGCCUGAUGGUGCACAAGUGGAUCUUCUGACCGGGGAGUCCCCAUUUACGUCAGACACCGCUACACGAGCCAUGGAGAAAUUCACUAGGCUGUUAUUCUUUGGUCGAAAAAAAGAGGCUCUCGAUUGGGCAAUGAAGAAUCACCUGUGGGGACAUGCAUUGUUUUUGUCCAGCAAGAUGGACUCACGGACAUACAGCGGAGUAAUGGCGAGGUUUACUAGCACUUUGGCUGUCAACGACCCACUGCAGACUCUAUUCCAGCUUAUGGCAGGCCGCACACCGCAAGCUUCGACAUGCAGUGGAGACACUAAGUGGGGAGACUGGAGACCUCAUUUGGCGGUAAUGCUGUCCAAUCAAAUGACAGAUCCGGAGAUGAACCAACGGGCUAUUGUCACAAUGGGGGACCAUUUAGUCCUUAAAGGCUUUAUUGAGGCUGGACACUGCUGUUUCCUGACUGCCGGCAUCUCACUGGGCCAGUUCUGUAAGAAAUCAGACCGUUUAGUUUUGUUGGGCAGUAACCCUGGCCAGACGUUUAAGAAAUUUGCCUGCACAGCGAACAUCCAGCGCAGUGAAAUCCUGGAAUAUUGCCAAAGUUUGGGCAAAUCCAACUAUUGUAUCCCCUCUUUCCAGAUGUAUAAAUUUGUCUAUGCCACUCGGCUGUUGGAUUACGGCUUGACAUCAGUAGCUCUGCAUUACUGCGAGUGCAUCGCCUCUGCCAUUCUCCAUUCUGACUAUGGCUCUUUUGGAUCUUUCGUGCUGAUAUCGGAGUUAAUCAAGCUAGCGGAACGUUUGAAGUACUCCGAUCCACAGCUUCUAGAACGACCUGAGCUGGAACAGAACCAAGAGCCAGUUUGGCUAGUUCAGCUUCGUUCCCUAUUUCUACAAGUUCAGGCAGGAUAUGAAGUGGGUACAAGUAGCCAUGUAGCCUGUGAUAACCAACAAAACCAAACAGAAGCUACCAGGGAAGUCUCCACUUUAGUUGAAAAUCAACAAGCAUAUCAAGAGUAUGAUACAGGAUGUACACCCUACAAUGCAGAAGCUGAGGCCGGCCAAAACAGCAGCUGGGUAGUCCAGUCUACAAACCUGCCACCCAUUGAGUCGCAAAAUGAAAUCUGUUCUGAGUGGGGCGCACCAAAGGCUGAAUUACCCUUUGUUUACAACACCUAUGAAAAGCCACACGAACAAGAAAACAUAGAUGAUUUUUCUGAGACUCCCUCACUGAGCAGCAGUUUAGGUGACAAUGCUCUCAUGAUGCAGGCUGCAUUCAUGUCAAGAAGGGUUAGUGCUGUCUCGCAAACCUCCACCGUCUCUAUGGAAGAUGAUGACCGUGAAGACAGAUCCAGAGAUGAAGCUCCACCAGGGAAGUCUGAUUUAAAAAAGGGCUCAACCUUUGGAUGGUUUAAUUGGUUUCGCUCCAAGCCAGCAAAAGAAGCCGAAACCCCAGUGAGUGAUCCACAAAUACCAGCAGAAUCUUCAUCUCAGACCGAACCUCCACAAAGACCUAGUGACAAGUUCGGUCCUCCACUUCUGCCACCUUCUGGUUCCUUACCCCCAGAAACCAGCCACUCAUUUUUCAGAGCAGGAAUUACAGAAACGGAAGAUCUGCCGAAGAUCAAUAACAGUUCAGUGUUGCCCAAGAUCCAGGGUCAGCAGGAGAACAUGGGUGUUUAUCCGAAUGUAUCUGUUAGUCAAAUGACCCCACCGGCUGGAGCAAUUCCCCUGUACAAUCCUUCACAGUUCUUCCAAGAGACCGGUCGGAGUAUAAGCAAGCCCAGCCAUCUUGCUCGAGGGCGAUACCCACUGCAGCCAAGAUAAACAACAACUUCAGGAGUUACCACUCAGGGAGGGCCCUGUGGACAAUCAUUAAAAUGCACCUGAGUUUUAUUUACUUGCUACAGUGCUCUGUGUAAAAUCAUUUCUGUGUGCUGUAAUAAGUUCAUGGUCAGGUCAAUAGAAUUGUUCUCUUUUGUUAAUCAGAAAAUCUUGUUGUUGAUUUUUGGAGCUUUUAGAACAAGAUUAUAGUGAAGGUAAGCAAUCUGAGUUCCACUUAGAGAGAGGAAAGUGAGGAUGUUUUUGGUAAAAUAGAAUGGUAUAGCCUUGUACUGAUAGUUGAGUGCAUGUAUUUUACAUUAAAGCUUGAAAGCAUUACAGCUAUACACCCAUCCAAUUCCUUUUAAUGUUCCCCUGCUGCUUUAUUAUUGCCAUACAUCAAGUGUUGGUGUUUGGGCUAGUUGAUGCUAAUAAUUGAGUAAGCCCAUCUUUGAGAUUGUUUGCUACAUAGGAAGGUGACUUAUACUGUAUGGUGGCUAGGUUUUGAGGCAGGACCCUGCCUAGAACAAGACAAAUCUUCUGCUGCCAUGGUGGGGGGGAGGAUGUAUCAAACCUUGGAGAGAGAUAUAGUACCAGCCAAUCAGCUUCUAACUGCAAUUUUACAGGCUGUAUUUGAAAAAUGGAAGUGAAGAGCUGAUUGGUUAAUACUUUAUCUCUCCCCAAGGGUUGCAACAUCUCCCCUUGGACUCAAAGACACCUGGUGCUAAAGACUACAACACACUCAACUCACAUUCCUGCCUUUUCCCAAUGGCCUUUCAGUUUUACUUCUAGACUAGUUGUUAUGACUGAUAAAAUAGUGGCAUUAAUUUACUGGUCUACAAACAGUUGGUCAGAGACAUAAAUUUUCAGGAGCCAAAAGACCUUAUCUCACCCCUGGGACAGAGUGUUGCACAGAUAUCUUCUGUAGGGAGAUGACAAGAAAGACAAGAAAUCAUAUCACUGUACCUGCAACCACUGGACACAUCCCUCCUGCCCAUAUAAAUAGCCCUUGUGAUUAUUUAUCUCAGUUGUUAUUUCACAUGAAUACUAACAUUCUAAUGGACCAUGAUUAUGAAAGUGACAAACCAAAAUGAUUACACACUGGGGGUUAUUUAUUAAAGUUGGGUAGACAGAUUUCUGGAUGGAAAGAGGCCCUCUUGCCUACACGACAUUUGUGGAAAUGUCAGACAGCUUCUAUAUACUGUAUAUUUCACAUUUUCCAGCAUUUGCUCAAUGACAGGUUAUUAAUGGUGUUAUUUGUAAAGAUAAAGAAUGUCACAAAAAUAUGUUGUUGUUUUUUUUAUAAACUUAUCAUGCUUUAGUACAAAACAAAAAGGAGCACCAGUUGCAAAGGACGGGUGUUGGGCAUAUAGUACCUCAACAUUUAUGAUUACAUUUUGUACGCUAGACUAUUUACUGUACUAUGGAGAUUACGUAAUGCCUCUCUUUGGGUAUUUUUCCACACAGUAUACAUUGUAUUUGUAUAACUGACCUCACUAUUAAGGGGCUAAUUAAAUUCUCCAUGAUAUUACUUUAUGUCAAGGACUGGUUAUCUGUGGUGCACACUUCACUAGUACAUAUGGCUAAACACCAUCUAUUAUCCUGCAAACAUUUUUAUGGAGGUGAGAGCCAGAAUAUGUAAUGUUGAGGUGAUGUUGGUGUCGCGUUGUGCCAUCAUUAUCUGCUUUAAUGUACUAUUCUGGCGGAACUUCAUGGACAUGGAUCCAACAUCACAGAUAAUUGAAUCGGCCUCCUAGAAUACUGCCAGCUUCACUAUGAAAAUAGGAUUUAUCAGCUAGUCUAUUUUUACUUUCAAUGAAAUACAAAAGAUAAAAGGCAACCCCAGCGCACUCAAAAGCAGCUGUGGUGGAUAUUAACGUGAAUGUGUCACCAUACACAGACCACAUAUACUACUCAUAUACAUGCUCUACAAUAGUGUACAGAUAUACUACCAAAUGAUGGUCAAUGUCUGUUCUAUGUCUUUAUCUGUGGUUGCGUAGGCCUUUUGUUCUCGUAAAGAGAUGGGAAACAAUAAACAACUGUUUUAGUUCCUAUUCUUAAUAAAAUAUCACAAACAAAAUAGUAUCUAUUCGUUCAAAAAGUCCCUCUAAAUGAUGGGUAGUGAUGGUUUAUAUCCAGAUUUAAGGGUUCACCUCGGUGUUGAUGGGAAGAGAGAUGCUCACACUCUGCUUACAUGCAUCUAUAUAGUGGUAUACCCAUAAAGGUUUCUUUCAUAAUAGUGCCCAGUCAUGAUUAUUUUGAAUGCUCAUUUGUAUGCUUACUGUGUAUAGAAGAUUCAAUGCACAUAAAGGUAUCUUUUACUCCUCCAUUUUGGUCUCCACUAGUUAGCUCAGAACCAUACUGCAAGAAGACAAUAAAGAAAUAUCAUAGGUUAAUCCUACAUGAUCAAAACCAUCACGUUUCAACCAUAUGUGUGGUCUUUUCAAGGUAAGACUUACCUUGAAAAAGACCACACACAUGGUCAAAAUGCAUUGGAGUGGAGCCAGAGGGAUUAAUUUCACGCUGCGUUGAAAAAGACUGUUUAGCAGUUGAAACACGUUGGCCCGGGGAGCCUCAAAACUUUUAUCCAUACACUUGCAUGUAACGUAUUAUAUUGUUUUCAGUGACAUACCAGAUGGCCACUGGUGCAACUUAGAUUGCAAUUAUUUCCAUCUACCACAUGUAUUUGUGCUUUUUAGCUACAGUAUUCAUAUUAAAGAAUAUUUUUAAUUACGCCAUUUUUUGGUUUUUAUGACACACUUCUGUCCGGAGAAAAAAGGUUAUUCUAAGAGAGUGGGAUUGAUAUCGCACUUGUUAGUGUGAGUAUGGUACGUGAUGUACCUUAAUGGUGAUUUAUGAGGUGAAUUCUCUUAUGGAAGAUCUAUGUGCUCGCAGUGUGAUAUACAAAGAUACCUUGGUGGGGGUUAUUCUUUUUCAGGCUGUGUAAGUGUGGUACAUCUGUACCUUAUCACAUUUCUCCUGGUGGCUCUAUUAGAGUUAAAAGAUACUUUUAUGAGACUUUUUCCACUUGCUUUUUGUGAGUUUUGGUAUGUGGUGGCUCUUUUAUAUGAAUAUUAUUGGAUGACCAUUUCAGGAAUUACUACACUAUGGUCUGGUUUGCUGUUUUUUGUCUCCCUUUCUGAGGAUACUGCAAUAACAAGACCCACAGAUGGGAUCAAGCACCUAUCACCAUCGACCUAGGAUUUUCACAGGCACCAAAGGGAAACUCUUAAAAGGACUUAUUUGAGAGACUUGGUGAUAUUUUUCUUUUUUUACUUUUUGUGAUUAAUUUGAAACGGGACUGAGCGCCCAUUCUGUACCUUUUUUUGUAUAAUUGAAUCUUUACUUAACGUGCAUACACACUUUUUGCCCAGUGUGUAUGCAGAGAGAUUAUGUGAAAAUUGCUGGCCGGAAAAUCACACAGUGCAUACACACUGAGCGAUUUUCACCCGGCCCAGCGAUUUUCACGGGGGUGAACCACUUUCAACAGUAGGAGACUGUGGAAAGUGGUUUACUUGGCCGGUAAAACAGGCCGACGGCUGGCGAUGAUGCAGGAGCGCACAUCAGCGCUCACCACUCAUCGCCGGCCAUACGCACUAGGCGAUUUUGAGCUCAAAGUAGCUCAAAACGCCAAAGGUGAGCUACUUAGAGCUUAAAAUCGCAAAGUGUGUACAGGCCUAUAGAACAGUAAUUCAGUAUAAAACAAAAACACUCCUAAGUGGGCAGGUGCGGUUUAAGAGUAAAGUGGGCCCCUGUGCAGGCCCCGUCCUCCCUGCAGUGCAGUAGACUAAGUCCAUUUUCCUGGUGAUGGUGCUGCUGCAGCAGACUCAGGAGUCCAGAGAGGUAAGUAUCAAACAUGGGUGCAGAAUGUGCAGUGUGUGGGCCCUCUUGACACCACACACCAUGCACUCAUAAUAAGUAAGUGGGUCUUUAUUUCACGCAUGUUCUAGACUCUCUGGGAUCUUUUACUUAAAAAGAAAAUCAUAAAUAAAGAACUUGACCUGCCUGAAUUACAGUUUUCCUCAUGGAUUACAUUUUGUUUUACAAUGGUGGCACUUGUGCUGUUGCUGUCUAUUCAUUUUUGUAUGUACAAAUAAAGAGGGAAAGCAUAUUCCCUGACUACAAUAAUUUAAACACA